UUCGAGCACAGGGAACGAUGAACCGACUGGCACUUAUUAGUAUCUUUUUCUUCUGUUAGCAUAAGCAAUUUGCUUCUUUAUAUAACCUGGGUGCCAUCCAUGGAUUUAACCAGACUUGCACAAUCGCUUGUUUUGGCAGCUCUCAUCUUGAAACUCCUAUGGACAUGGUUCAACAAAAGAUCCUUGCAGAAAACCAGAAGGCUCCCACCCGGACCACCACAGUGGCCGAUAGUCGGUAACCUUCUGCAGUUGAGCCAACUCCCUCACAGGGACCUAGCCUCAUUGUGCGACAAAUAUGGGCCUUUAGUCUAUCUUCGUCUGGGCAGUGUUGAUGCUAUCACCACCAAUGACCCAGAUAUCAUACGCGAAAUACUUGUCCGACAAGACGAUGUAUUUGCCUCCCGGCCUCGGACGCUAGCUGCUGUGCACUUGGCUUACGGGUGCAGCGACAUAGCAUUGGCUCCUCUAGGCCCACAUUGGAAAAGGAUGAGGAGGAUUUGUAUGGAACACUUGCUUACGACCAAGAGAUUGGAGGGGUUCGCGAAACAGCGAGCAGAGGAGGCCAAGCAUUUGGUGAAAGAUGUUUGGGCGCAGGCACAAAGUGGGAAAGCGGUGAACUUGAGGGAGGUAUUGGGUGCGUUUUCUAUGAAUAAUGUGACAAGAAUGUUGCUGGGGAAGCAGUAUUUUGGGUGUGGGUCGGCAGGGCCGGAAGAGGCAAAGGAGUUUAUGCAUAUAACACAUGAGUUGUUUUGGUUAUUGGGUUUGAUUUAUUUAGGGGAUUACUUGCCGAUUUUGAGAUGGGUGGAUCCUUAUGGGUGUGAAAAGAAAAUGAGGGAAGUGGAGAAGAGAGUGGAUAAUUUUCAUUCAAGGAUUAUCCAAGAACAUAGGAAGGAAAGGGAGAGGAAGAGAAAGGAAAAUGCUGGGGAUGGAGAAAUUGACUUUGUUGAUGUUUUGUUGGCCUUGCCUGGUGAAGAUGGAAAACAGCAUAUGGAUGAUUUGGAAAUCAAAGCUUUAAUCCAGGACAUGAUAGCUGCAGCAACUGAUACUUCAGCUGUGACUAACGAGUGGGCAAUGGCAGAAGUAAUCAAGCAUCCACGUGUUCUCCAUAAGAUCCAAGAAGAACUUGAUUCUGUUGUAGGCCCUAAUCGUAUGGUUACUGAAUCUGAUCUACCCCAUCUUAAUUACUUACGAUGUGUAGUGCGGGAAACAUUUCGCAUGCACCCAGCUGGGCCUUUUCUUAUUCCACAUGAAUCCUUACAACCCACUAUAAUAAAUGGUUAUUAUAUCCCGGCCAAGACACGUGUCUUCAUCAACACUCAUGGAUUGGGUAGGAACACCAAGAUAUGGAGUGAUGUGGAAGAGUUUCGACCUGAGAGACACUGGUUGGGUAAUGGUAGUCGAGUUGAAAUAAGUCAUGGAACUGACUUUAAGAUAUUGCCAUUUAGUGCUGGAAAGAGGAAAUGCCCUGGUGCACCACUAGGGGUGAGUUUGGUACUCAUGGCUUUGGCACAACUCUUUCAUUGUUUUGAUUGGGCUCCACCAGAGGGUUUAAGGUCUGAAGAUAUUGAUACAACUGAAGUAUAUGGUAUGACUAUGCCAAAGAUCAAACCUUUAAUAGUUGUUGCUAAGCCACGUUUGGCCACUUAUAUUUAUCACUAA